AUGUCUGCGCCACCUCCACCUCCCCCACCGCCUAUGGCACCGGCUGCCAGUGUGCCAAAGUCGGCGAUGCAAGGCAGGGACGCUCUGCUAGGUGAUAUUAGGAAAGGUGCGAAGCUGAAAAAGGCUGUUACAAACGAUAGAAGUGCGCCAAUACUGUCCUCAGGCGGUGUGUCUUCUGCUCCCUCCUCCGCGCCCUCCGGAUCAUCCGCACCUCCAGUGCCGGUUUCUAUACCUGGCGGCGCUCCUCAGCUGGGUGACAUUCUCGCGGGCGGGAUUCCUAAACUAAGGUCAGUGAGCGGGUCGAAUGCUCCUCCUGGCGGUGCUCCACCUAUUCCGGGAGCUCCACCACCACAGCAGGCACCUAAAAUGCCAUCCGGGAGACCGAACAUGCCCUCCGGUAGACCAACAAACAGAAGUCAUCAAAAGAAAAGCUCGAUAUCGUCAAUUGCUUCUUCUGCCCCUGCUCCUCCUUCAGCUCCACCUCCCCCAUCAGCACCUGCCCCACCAUCAGCACCAUCUAUGCCUUCGAUGAGACCCCCUAAGCACGAAUCAAAGACUCAAAAUCAAAAUAGUAUACCGUCUGCACCAGCGCCACCGGUGCCUGGUGCUCCGCCAGCACCACCUACAUCUGCGCCUUCUAUACCUUCAGCUCCAGCUCCACCUGCACCACCAGCGCCUCCAGCACCACCAAUGGCAGCAGCGCCUCCAGCACCACCAAUGGCAGCAGCACCACCAGCACCACCAGCGCCUCCAGCUCCUCCUAUGAACUCGGCGCCUUCUGCACCACCUGCACCACCUGCACCACCCGCGCCACCAAUGUCGUCAGCACCAUCUAUACCAGCCCUCAAUUCCCAAAGCGAUAACUCCCCAGCAUCAAAUCCACCACCAUCCAUACCAGGUGGUCUGCCAUUCCUGGCAGAAAUAAACGCCAGAAGAUCUGAGAAAGGUGUUGUAGAUGAUAAAACAGUUUCACACGCUAGUAACAAUGCCAGUACAAGCACAAACAGGGCACCAUCUCCUCCAUCCGCCCCUCCUGCACCACCAGUGGCAUCUGCACCAUCAAUUCCAUCAGCACCAGCACCUCCAGCUCCACCAAUUAGUUCAGCCCCAUCGAUACCAUCAGCGCCAGCCCCACCGGCCCCACCGGCCCCACCAGCUCCACCAGCUCCUCCUGUGGCUGCAGCACCACCAGCACCACCAGCACCACCAGCUCCUCCUAUGGUAUCUGCACCUCCGGCACCACCAGCACCCCCUGCGCCCCCGGCUCCUUCUAUGACUUCUGCUCCCCCGGCACCUCCAGCACCUCCAGCGCCAGCUCUACAGGCGGCAAAAAGCAUGAAGUCAUCUUCGCCGCCACCUGUUUCAUCUGGCCCGUUACCAUUCCUGGCCGAAAUACAGAAGAAACGUGACGAUAGAUUUGUGGUCGGAGGCGACUCUAAUUAUUCCACAAAGGUUGAACAGACAGAUAUACAAGGUGCAGCAGGUAGCGCGCCAACAACUUCUGCUCCCCCUCCACCUCCAGCUGGUGGUGCAGGCAUGUCUUUCAUGAGUGAAAUAGAGUCCAAAUUGAAGCAUUCACAUCACGAGCCUGCACCUUCAUCUGCAGCACCACCUCUUCCUCCUUCUGCUCCUCAAAUACCUACGUCAACCGCACCUCCAGUUCCCAGUGUAAAAGCAAGUGGUGAUAGUCAUGGCGCUGCUCCAAGUAACUCUUUCAUGUCUGAUAUCGCUGCAUCCUUAGCUGCAAGAAAUAGCCAUGGAGCUGACGCACCAGAUGUCCCAUCUGUACCACCACCACCAUCCGCCCCUCCUGCACCUUCCGCACCUGCUCCACCAUCAGCUCCUGCUCCGCCAUCGACCUCAGCUCCUGCCGCUCCUCCAGCUCCGCCACCACCACCUUCCGCUCCUAUGACUCCUGCAGCCCCUCCACCUCCUUCUGCGCCUUCGAUGCCAGCAGCUCCUCCACCACCUUCCGCUCCUGCGCCAUUAACACAUUCAGCUCCACCACCACCUCCUGCGUCUACAAGCUCACAACAAACUCAAUCAACAGAUUCUGCUGGUAAUAUCAAACAUAGAUUAUUCUCUAGUGGAACAGCUGAGAGAAAGGUUAAUCAAUAUACUAAUGCUCCUGAAAUUGAUGUUGGUUUGGUAACUAUUAAUGGUAGCAGUAGCACUACGGGAACGAAAAUUCAGUCAGGAAAGGUAACAGUGGAUGACUCAAGAUUCAAAUGGACAAACGCUAACCAACUCCCUAAACCAAGACCAUUUCAAGGCAAGACUAAGCUAUAUCCAAGUGGUAAGGGUACAAGUGUUCCACUUGAUAUUUCCAGUUACGCCUAA